CCGCCAAAAUCCAUCAUCAUCGUCCCACCAACCGCUGCUUUUUGGCGCGAUCAGCCAUGGACGUCGGCGAGGACACCACGGAUCCAAGUUACUGGCAAAAGCCUAUGGCGAGUUUUCUCAUACGUAAUCACUCGGACCAGCUCCGUUGCAUUGCUUCCUCUCCAGAUUCCAAGCUUUAUUACCCCCUCUUCGUCGAUUUCGCAGAGUUGAUGGAUGAUGACCCUCACCUUGCCCAUCUCAUCUUCACCGAACCCGCUACAUAUUUACAAAUAUUCGACCAGGCUGCUGUUUGGGCCCAUAAAAUCAUAUUGGAAGAUUCGGGAGCAGACAAGAAAUGGGUUGAGAAAAAGAUGAUUCAUGUCCGCAUUAAUACAAGCGGCUCUCCACUUGAAUGCCCGGACUUUCCAAGCAUAGGACGUAUUAGAGUGAAGCACCGGGGGAUUCUUCUAACUCAAGGGACAGUAAUCCGGUCAGGAGCAAUAAAGAUGCAUGAAGGAGAGAGGGAGUACAUGUGCCUAAAGUGCAAGAAGAGCUUCCUAGUUUAUCCAGAGGUGGAAGCACGAAACUCCAUAACACUACCUUCAAAUUGUCAAGUUCGGGGGUCUAAGCCCUGUGGAGGAGCAAAAUUCCAGUAUGUAGAUAAUACUAUAGUAUGCCAUGAUUAUCAAGAGAUAAAAAUCCAAGAAAGCACGCAGGUUCUUGGUGUUGGGGUGAUUCCUCGUUCAAUCCUUGUCAUCUUGAAGGAUGACCUUGUUGACAUUGUUAAAGCUGGAGAUGAUGUAAUUUGUUCUGGGGUGUUAACAGCAAAAUGGUCAUCAGAAGUCAAAGAUGUACGCUGUGACCUUGAUCCUGUACUAAUAGCCAAUCGUGUAAGGAGAACAAAUGAACUGAAGUCAGAAAUUGAUAUUCCUGAUGAUCUUGUUAUGAAAUUCAAACAAUUCUGGAUCCACUUCAAAGAUUGUCCUUUGAAAGGGAGGAAUGCUAUUUUACGAGGAAUUUGCCCACAAGUAUUUGGACUCUUCACUGUCAAGCUGGCAGUUGCAUUAACACUUAUUGGAGGUGUGCAACAUGUCCAUGCUUCUGGAACAAAGGUUCGAGGAGAACCCCACUUACUCUUGGUUGGCGAUCCUGGCACAGGGAAAUCUCAGUUGAAAUUUGCUGCAAAAUUGAGCAAUAGAUCUGUAGUUACCACUGGCAUGGGAAGCACGAGUGCAGGAUUGACUGUUACUGCUGUGAAGGAUGGAGGAGAAUGGAUGUUGGAAGCUGGAGCCCUUGUUCUGGCAGAUGGUGGGUUGUGUUGCAUUGAUGAAUUUGAUAGUAUGAGGGAACAUGACAGAGCAACCAUACAUGAAGCCAUGGAGCAGCAGACUAUAAGCGUUGCUAAGGCUGGUCUUGUAACAACACUCAGCACUAGAACAACAGUUUUUGCUACAAAUCCUAAGGGACAUUAUGAUCCCGAAAACUUAGCUCUAUCUGUCAACAAAACACUCUCUGGUCCUUUAUUAAGCAGGUUCGAUAUAGUCCUUGUGCCUCUUGGAUAAAAGAAUCCUGAAUGGGACGCGGUAGUUUCAGCUCAUAUUCUCAAUGAGGCAGAACCAGAUAAAGCAAGGCAAGACGAAGAUCUAGCAAAUAGGCCCCUUCCUUUGCUCAAGAGAAUCUUCAACUACGUAAAAGAAACCUUCAAACCAGUCCUUACAAGAGAGGCUGAGACAGUCAUAUCCAGUUAUUAUCAACUCCAAAGGAGAUCUGGAACUCAUAAUGCAGCUAGGACAACUGUUCGCAUGCUGGAAAGUUUGGUUCGCCUAGCUCAAGCUCAUGCAAGGUUGAUGUUCAGAAAUGAGGUGACUCGAUUAGAUGCCAUCACAGCCAUUUUAUGCAUAGAAUCUUCAAUGACUACCUCUGCUAUAGUCGAUUGCAUUGGUAAUGCUCUGCAUUCCAAUUUUACUGAAAACCCUGACGAGGAAUGUAUCCUUGCAAAAUGUGGUUUCACAUGAUUUAUGUAUAGACUGAGAAUCAAAUUCCCCAACCAUUUGCUUUAGGAACCAGAGUUAUAAUCACCAACACCAGCUUGAGUUGAUGCAACUCAAUCAUUUCUUUGUAAAUAUGCCCCUUUAGGAAUGAAUUUAAGCCAUUAUUGGAAUUUCUAGAGAAAGAACAUAAUAUUUAACGUUUCCCAUGCACUUAUGAUGUGCGUUAAAAUGCAUGCCACGAGUUCUGUACCAUUGCAAUUUACUUUGCCUCAACUAGAUAUAAAUUCUUAACCGCACAAAA